AUGAAUUAAAAUUAAAACUUUUAAAGCAAUUUGAACCUCUUUCCAGAAAUUGGAACACACGGUGCUAGAGGAAAGUAAUAUGGUGGAAACAACAUUACAAUGAGAGGUACUGAAAUUUUCGAAGGAUUAACCACUGGAAGACCUUCUAAAAAUAUUAUAUAAGCUCAUUUCAAAGUGUUAAGAUUUUACAGAAAAGUGUGUCGAUUGAUUCCUUUUUUAUUAAGAAUACAUGAUAUGGAAGUCACCUGUAAUUCUUAAUAAGCCAUGGUUAAUGUUGCUAAUGUAAUCAGAAAGAGAGCAUACUUAAGGGAUCCUGAUGCUGUUGACAGAUGGGUGUAUCGUGGAUAUGAAUUACUCUAUUAAGCUGAAUGGCACAUGUUGAAUAGAGAUCAUUUAUUCCAAUAUUUUUCUAAUCAAAACAGAUCUGACGCAGGAUAUUCUUAUUUAGAAAAUUAAAAGCUUAAAGGAAAGAGCGAAUUCUUAAAAGAUUUCUAUAUUGGAAACAAAACAUAUGAAUAUUGACAUCAUAUUCAGCUAAUGAAAUAAUAGCAAAAUUAUACAAAACAAAAUUAUAUAAUUUUUUUAA